AUGGGCAUAAGAAGUCGACGCAAGCUCUGGAUGAGAGGUGCCAACAAUGGGGCCGUCUAUUAUUGGCCGUCAACUCUACAGAGCUCUAGUCCGACAAUUUUGGCCCUGCUCCCUCGGGGUGGAGAGAGCAGCCGGAGGCCGAAGCACCCCCGAAGAACACACACUAGUCUGCGGCCCAAGAAUGUCUUCUGUGAGAAGACAAAUCGGUCAACUGGUCUUGCCAACUCGAGACAGACUUCACCAUCCCCCCCUCCUCCACACUCCGACCGGCCCCACAAACUCUCUUCAUAUCACUACCGUCAGCAUAUUUCUGCGAUCACCGUUCACACUUUAAUGGCCGCUGUGUUGGCUACACAGGCUUUUUGUACUGUCAACAAACGUAUUCGUUACUUCAUACUAAUGCCAAAUGCAGCGAGUUGGGUGAGCACAGAGAUUGGGGCUGUUCCACGUCGAUUGCUGCAACCAAGCAGUUUACCCUCUCCAAAUGAGUCUCUUUCCAGCCUCCACUCUUCGGGUCCCUCUGUCCAGCUGCACUUGUGUCCCCCUCGCCUUGGAUAUGGUCCUCUUUUAUCCCAGUCUUUGUUUGGCCUUAAUCCAUAA